AUGGCGGAAGUCACCGACCUACGCCUCUCCGACCAACAAAAUCUAUCCGCCCCUGCCACCACUAUCGGCGACAGCGCCGUCGCCUUUGCGGAGGACGAGGAUGAGGAGCCACAACCCGAUGUUUACGCCUUAAAUUUCCAUUCCCUCUCUCCUCCUAAUCCUUCCUUCUUGAUUGAUGACAACCUCAAUUUCACCGCCAUUUCAGAAUCCGAAUCCGGCUCUCAGCAUUCCGAAUCUGUUCACUCCGACCAGAAUUUCCUCUACUACAGCCCAGAAGACGACGACGACGACGAUCAAAUGAAUUUCGUUACGGAUUUAUUCGCGACCCGCCAUGGUAUCCCCGACCAUGGACUGUGUAAUUCUGAAUCCGGGUGUACUUGUCUGGACGAAGAACCCGAAUUAGUUUUAGGUGCACAGGCCGAAUGCAAUGGGGUUGAUGCUCUUCCGUCAAUGGUCGGCGGUCUUCGAAUUGUGAACAUGGAAUCGGAGUCCGACUCGGAAGCUGCGGAGAUCCAUUCUAGGGUUGAUAGAGCAAAUGAUCAUGAUGGGUUGAAUCCAAAUUAUGAUGACUUGGACGAGUUUUGGGAUUGCCCGCAAUUUGAUAGUCAACGGGCGAGGGCUUUUUUUAACGAAGAAUUCGAAUGGGAGGAAGUGAAUGUUAGGGAAAAUCUGAGUUCUUUGAUUGAUCGAAUAGAGGAAAUUUCAGUUUCCUCUGACACUGAAAAUUCGACUUUUGAUACUGGUGGUGGAGAACAUGAUGAAGAAAAUGCAAGAAACGUGGAAUGGCAGGUCCUAUUAGCAGUUAACAAUCUGGAAAUAGCAGUUGGUUUUGAUGAAUAUAUCGUCCUGUUUGGGGAACAUGUUGAUGCAGAGAGUACUGUUAAGGGUGGUCCGCCAGCUGCCAAAUCCGUGGUUGAAAAUUUGCCUUCAGUAGUUUUGACGACGGAGGAUUUAAUGGCAAAUGAUGUGGUUUGUGCAGUUUGCAAAGAUGAGAUUUCUCUGGGGGUGGAGGUGACUAGGCUACCCUGUAGUCACCAUUAUCAUCAGGACUGCAUUAUGCCCUGGCUAAGCAUUCGUAAUACAUGUCCUCUUUGUCGCUUUGAGUUACCUACAGAUGAUGUGGAUUAUGAGAGAAGAAAGAAUAGAAAUGGCGCUGGCACUAGCCUGAUUGGUGAUUUGCAAUUUAGUAAUUAUCAACUUUUACCCUGA